UUUGCUAACCUGCGUCAUCAAAAUUUUCAAAAAUUUCGCAACAUUGUGAUUAAAGAUAAAUAUUGGCUUUGGAUGCGUUAUUAAAAUAUUUAUACGGAUAGAAAGUAAAUUACAUUUGCUUUUGUUACAUGCAAAAUAUGGUGUACUUACAUUUCCCAUCAAAUUUAACAGAGGAGGAGUUAAUGCUGCAGGCAAAAUAUAAUAAACUGAAAAGAAAGAAAAAGGCUUUGCAAGAUCUAAAAUCACCAAAGCAAGAAAUUGAACGUAUACCACAAACUCCAAAAAGGCCAACAGAGGCAAGGGAUGCGAGAGAAGUUGCUAAAAAGCUAAUAAAGUCUGGUGUGAUCACAGCUCCUAAAACUCCUAAAAGACCAGAGCAGUCGUUUAAACGGCCACGUGGAUUAGUAAGGAAACUAAAUAGUACAGAGAAAACAGUAAGUUCUUAUCAGCCGUUCUCAGCUACACAGAUGGAAGAAGAAGAAACAGAGACAGCACGACCAAGGGUUAAAGAUUUGUACGAUAGUUUUGUAAGCGCGCAAGAUACAGAGGAUCGUACAGGAAACGAUACUCAGUCACCUUCAAAACAGGAAAUAAAGCCACGUGCAGGGAACACAAUAUUUGUAUGCGGUUACAAAAUAUCAGAAGACUUCUUGAAAAAACAUUUUCAAACAUUUGGAAAUAUCAUUAACAUUUCAAUGGAAGCAGAAAAAAACCAUGGAUUCAUAACAUUCGACAAAUCGGAAUCGGCUGAAAGGGCAAUAAGUGAAAUGGAUGGUAGUAUGGUAUCAUCGAUUCAGUUAAAAGUGUCGUUAGCACGAAGACAACCUAUAAUAGAAUCUAUAAGUGAUGUUUCAUCUAGCUCUAUGUGGUCACCAAUCGCGGCGAACUAUUCUCAGAAAAGUGUGCACAAAGAUAGGAGAGAUCUGAAAGUGUACGAGGAAGAUCUUUUUAUGUGAAUGCAAUAUUUUUAAUUUAUCCAUAUAGUUCUAGGGCGUAUUGUUACACGGUUACAAUCUCGUUUUAAGAUAAUAUUGUACAUAGCUUCCAAUAUUUUUAAGGUAUGGAAAAACUAUUUUUCGUUUCAAUCGUGCUUCUUUUAUAAUACUACGUUGGUAUUAUAAAUUUGUAUCUAGUCGAGCUCUAAAUCGAUAUAAAACGUGUUAUUCUGUUUCUUCUCGUAUUCUUUACGAACUAUUGGCAUCUAGAUGGUAUGUGAAAUUUCAAUCUUUUCUACAAAGGAUUCAUGUCAAUAAAAAAAUAGUUAUAACACUUG